CACUGCGCGCUCACACCAUAUGUGCCCUGUCCGGGUGCGCGGGUCUGUGGAGAGCCGGCUGCGGGCGGCGGCGGCGCCGUGGGACGGAGUGUCUGCGAGGGCCCGAGCCGACGGCGGGGGCCACGGGCGCCGUUGACACACGAUGGGGAAGAAGCAGAAAAACAAGAGCGAGGACAGUGCUAAGGAUGACAUUGAUCUCGAUGCUUUGGCUGCAGAAAUAGAAGGAGCUGGUGCUACUAAAGAACAGGAACCUCAAAAGUCAAAGGGGAAAAAGAAAAAGGAGAAAAAAAGACAAGACUUUGAUGAAGAUGAUAUACUGAAAGAACUGGAAGAAUUGUCUUGGGAAGCUCAAGGCAUAAAAGUUGACAAAGAAACUGCUGCAGUAAAGACAACCGAGAAUAAUGAAGAGGAACCCACCUCAAAACAAGAUAAGAAAAAGAAAGGACAGAAAAGCAAAAAGCAAAGUUUUGAUGAUGAUAGUGAAGAAUUGGAAGAUAAAGAUUCAAAAUCAAAGAAGACUGCAAAGCUAAAAGUGGAAGUGUAUUCUGGAAGUGAUGAUGAGGAUGAUUUUAAUAAACUUUCUAAAAAAGCUAAAGGGAAAGCUCAGAAAUCUAAUAAAAAAUGCGAUGGAUCGGAAGAAGAUGAAGAUAACAGUAAAAGAACUAAAGAACGUUCCAGAGUAGAUUCUUCAGGUGAAAGUGGUGAUGAAUCAGAUGAAGUUUUGCAGUCUAGAAAAGGACAGAAAAAAAAUCAAAAAAACAAGGCAGGUCCUAAUGUAGAGAGUGGGAAUGAAGAUGAUGACUCUUCCUUCAAAAUUAAAACAGUGGCCCAAAAGAAGGCAGAAAAGAAAGAGCGUGAGAGGAAAAAGCGAGACGAAGAGAAGGCAAAACUGCGGAAGCUUAAAGAAAAAGAAGAGUUAGAAACUGGCAAAAAGGAUCAAAAUAAACAAAAAGAUUCUCAAAAAAGAUCAGAAGAGGAACCUGUUAAACCCAAAGUGUCUCUUGAUACUGGAGCAACCCUGGUCUCUGAAGAGAAAGGAGAGACUCCCACAGCUGCUGAAGAUGAAAAUGAAGGGGACAAAAAAAAAAAAGACAAGAAGAAAAAAAAAGGAGAGAAGGAAGAAAAAGAAAAGGAGAAGAAGAAAGGACCUAGCAAAGCCACAGUUAAAGCUAUGCAAGAAGCUCUGGCUAAGCUUAAAGAAGAAGAAGAAAGGCAGAAAAGAGAGGAGGAAGAAAGGAUAAAAAGGCUUGAAGAAUUAGAAGCCAAGCGCAAAGAAGAGGAAAGAUUGGAACAAGAAAAAAGGGAAAGGAAAAAACAAAAGGAAAAAGAAAGAAAAGAACGCUUGAAAAAAGAAGGGAAACUUUUAACUAAAUCACAGAGAGAAGCCAGAGCCAGAGCUGAAGCUACCCUAAAACUUCUGCAAGCUCAAGGUGUUGAAGUGCCAUCAAAAGACUCAUUGCCAAAGAAAAGGCCAAUUUAUGAGGAUAAAAAGAAGAAAAAAAUGCCACAACAGAUAGAAAAUAAAGAAGUAUCUGAACCAGUAGAAAUAAGUUCUACCUUAGAUAUUAUGGAACAAGGAGUACCUGAAAAAGAAGAAACUACACCACCUGUAGAACCAGAAGAGGAAGAAGAAACAGAGGAUGCUGGUUUAGAUGAUUGGGAAGCUAUGGCCAGUGAUGAGGAGAGAGAACAAGGAAACACAGUACAUAUAGAAGUAAAAGAAAACCCUGAAGAGGAGGAAGAGGAGGAGGAGGAGGAAGAGGAGGAAGAAGAAGAGAGUGAAGAGGAAGAGGAAGAGGAAGGAGAAAGUGAAGGCAGUGAAGGUGAUGAAGAGGACGAAAAAGUUUCAGAUGAAAAGGAUUUGGGGAAAACAUUAGACAAAAAGCCAAGUAAAGAAAUUAGCUCAGAAUCUGAGUAUGACUCUGACGAUGAUCGAACCAAAGAAGAAAGGGCUUAUGACAAAGCGAAGCGAAGGAUUGAGAAACGGCGACUUGAACAUAGUAAAAAUGUAAAUACAGAAAAGCUGAGAGCUCCUGUCAUUUGUGUACUUGGACAUGUGGACACAGGAAAGACAAAAAUUCUAGAUAAACUUCGUCACACACAUGUACAAGAUGGUGAAGCAGGUGGUAUCACACAGCAGAUUGGGGCUACCAAUGUUCCUCUUGAAGCUAUCAAUGAACAGACUAAGAUGAUUAAAAAUUUUGAUAGAGAAAAUGUACGGAUUCCAGGAAUGUUGAUAAUUGAUACUCCAGGCCAUGAAUCUUUCAGUAAUCUGAGAAAUAGAGGAAGCUCUCUUUGUGAUAUUGCUAUUCUAGUUGUUGAUAUUAUGCAUGGUUUGGAACCUCAGACAAUUGAAUCUAUUAACCUUCUGAAAUCUAAAAAGUGUCCCUUCAUUGUUGCACUCAAUAAGAUUGAUAGAUUGUAUGAUUGGAAAAAGAGUCCUGACUCUGAUGUGGCUGCUACUUUAAAAAAGCAGAAAAAGAAUACAAAAGAUGAAUUUGAGGAAAGAGCAAAGGCUAUUAUUGUGGAAUUUGCACAGCAGGGCUUGAAUGCAGCUCUGUUUUAUGAGAAUAAAGAUCCCCGCACUUUUGUGUCCUUGGUACCUACCUCUGCUCACACUGGGGAUGGAAUGGGAAGUCUCAUCUACCUUCUCGUUGAGUUGACUCAGACAAUGUUGAGCAAGAGGCUUGCACACUGUGAAGAGCUCAGGGCACAGGUCAUGGAGGUGAAAGCUCUCCCGGGAAUGGGCACCACUAUAGACGUGAUACUGAUCAAUGGGCGUUUGAAGGAAGGAGAUACAAUCAUUGUGCCUGGGGUUGAAGGGCCCAUUGUAACUCAGAUCCGAGGCCUCCUCUUACCUCCCCCUAUGAAGGAAUUGCGAGUGAAGAAUCAGUAUGAAAAGCACAAAGAAGUAGAAGCAGCUCAGGGAGUAAAGAUUCUUGGAAAAGAUCUGGAGAAAACAUUGGCUGGUUUACCACUCCUUGUGGCAUAUAAAGAAGAUGAAAUUCCAGUUCUUAAAGAUGAAUUGAUACAUGAGUUAAAGCAGACUCUUAAUGCCAUCAAAUUAGAAGAAAAGGGGGUCUACGUCCAGGCAUCUACACUAGGAUCGUUGGAAGCUCUGCUUGAAUUUUUGAAAACAUCAGAAGUGCCCUAUGCAGGAAUUAACAUCGGCCCAGUCCAUAAAAAAGAUGUCAUGAAGGCCUCAGUGAUGUUGGAACAUGACCCUCAAUACGCAGUAAUUUUGGCAUUUGAUGUGAGAAUCGAACGGGAUGCACAAGAAAUGGCUGACAGUUUAGGAGUUAGAAUUUUUAGUGCUGAAAUAAUUUAUCAUUUAUUUGAUGCCUUUACGAAAUACAGACAAGAUUACAAGAAACAAAAACAAGAAGAAUUUAAGCACAUAGCGGUAUUUCCUUGCAAGAUGAAAAUCCUCCCUCAGUUUAUUUUCAAUUCUCGAGAUCCAAUAGUGAUGGGAGUGACUGUGGAAGCAGGUCAGGUGAAACAGGGGACACCCAUGUGCGUCCCUAGCAAAAAUUUUGUUGAUAUUGGAAUAGUAACAAGUAUUGAAAUAAACCACAAACAAGUAGAUGUUGCAAAAAAGGGACAAGAAGUCUGUGUCAAAAUAGAACCUAUUCCUGGUGAAUCUCCCAAAAUGUAUGGAAGACAUUUUGAAGCCACAGACAUCCUUGUUAGUAAGAUCAGCCGGCAGUCCAUUGACGCCCUCAAAGACUGGUUCAGAGAUGAAAUGCAGAAGAGUGACUGGCAGCUUAUCGUGGAGCUCAAGAAAGUAUUUGAAAUCAUCUAAUUUUUCCACUUGGGGCAGGAAUUGGAAUAAGCGCAAGAUUAUGUUGUGAUUUCACCAACAAAAACAAUGCAAAAUGGAAAAGGAUGUACCUGGACACUGAUGAACUUAAGAACGAAAGGAAAAAAAAUAGGUGUAUAAAAUGUUUUCCAUGAGAAACCAAGAAAAUUACACUGGUUUGACAGUGGUCAAUUACAUGUCCCCACAGUUCCAAGGUGCCUGUUCAUUACCUACUUCUCUCCCUACCUUUCUCUACUGGCUGCUGUUUUAAAGUUUGCCCAUCCCCCCUAAAUUGGAUUUUUAUUACAGAUCUAAAGCUCUUUCGAUUUUAUACUGAUUAAAUCAGUACUGCAGUAUUUGAUUAACUAAGCUUCUGCAGACUUUGUGAUUCUUGGGACUAUUUUGAUGUAAGAAAUAACUUCUUUAUUUAUGUAUAUCCUUCCCACAGUGACUUCCCCAGUCCCCAGCAUUCUUAUGCCAUAUGCCCUUAGAAUUUUUUUAAAUAGAAAAUUAGGCACUCUGAUAUUUAUCUGCUUUCUGUGAAACCAUGGUGUAAAGCAUAGCUGGUUAUUUACUGCUUGUAUAGUCGUGAGAGUCCACUGUAAUCAGCACAAUUCUGAACUACCAAUAAAGGAAACAGACAUUGGCCAGUCAGUUCUGGUCGGCUUCCAUGUUAGAGUAGCUUCUCCACCAUGACUUAACACCCUCGGUACUGUGCACUCUUCUAAGGACAAAAUUUUCUAAAUUCUCAUACAUUAUAUUCUAGUACACGUAAACACUAGUUUUACCUACAAAAUUCUACCACACAUGCAUUUUCUGAUGAGACAAUCAGUAAUUAGCUAUGACUUUAGUACAUUUUAAGUUGUUGCAGAAUAUACAUAGUGAUUUAUUUUUAGUAGCAAUUUGAUUUUUCAUGAGGAAUGUGGGUCCACUCAGUGUGUGUGUGUAUAUAUAUAUAUACACACACACAUAUAUAUAUCCCUUCCCCCAAUGUAGAGAAAUCUACUAGUGAUAUUAAUUCUUCUAACAUCUCUAGCAUAUGAGAAGAUCUACCUGUUUUUAUAGCGCGGUGUUCAAGUCAGUGUGGGGGGUUACAAGUACUCACUGGCUUACUCUUAUAAACUAUAUUUUUAAAGUGUUACGACAUAACAUAGAAAAAUACCUUCGAAGCAUUUGAAAAUAUGUAGCAUU